AUGGCCCCUCAACUACAGUGCCUUCCCCAGCACCCUCUGAAUGUGGUUCAGGGUGAUCUGAGCGCCUUGAGCCCUGCAGUGAGAGACUUUGUUGAACAAAGUGCAAAGCUAUGUCAACCAGACAAGAUCCACAUCUGUGAUGGGAGUGAAGAAGAGAACAGGCAGCUUCUGUGUCUGAUGGAAGAGCAAGGGUUAAUCAAAUGCUUACGUAAAUAUCAGAACUGCUGGUUGGCUCGCACAGACCCCAGAGAUGUUGCCCGUGUGGAGAGUAAAACCGUAAUUGUGACCCCUGAACAGAGAGAUACCAUUCCCAUAGCGAAGAGCGGGGUCAGCCAACUUGGGCGCUGGCUGUCGGAGAAGGAAUUUGAAAAGGCACUCACUUUACGUUUCCCAGAAUGUAUGAAAGGCCGUACAAUGUACCUGAUUCCAUUCAGCAUGGGACCUGUGGGAUCACCUUUGUCCAAGAUCGGGAUCCAGUUAACAGAUUCUCCUUAUGUCGUGGCAAGCAUGAGGAUCAUGACUCGCAUGGGAUCAGCUGUACUGGAAACCCUGGGCAAUGGCCAGUUUGUCAAAUGCCUUCACUCAGUCGGAUGUCCUUUACCUCUAAAGAAACCACUGGUCAAUAACUGGGCCUGCAAUCCUGAGCUAACUCUGGUCGCCCACAUCCCUCAGCGCAGGGAGAUUAUUUCAUUCGGGAGUGGUUAUGGAGGUAACUCGCUGCUGGGAAAGAAGUGUUUUGCUCUUCGCAUUGCCUCCCGGAUUGGUGAAGAAGAGGGCUGGCUUGCUGAGCACAUGCUGGUAAGCACAUACAGGAUUAAUUUAUUUUUUGUUGUCAUCUCCAAGCCAGUUGUUCACUGUUCCUCUUGUCAUUGUUUCUCAGGUAAGAUCAUUAUGUAUGACCCUUUCGCCAUGCGGCCUUUCUUUGGCUACAACUUUGGGCGGUACCUGUCGCACUGGCUCAGCAUGGAGCACAGGACCUGCUCAAAACUUCCCAAGAUCUUCCACGUCAACUGGUUCCGCAAAGAUAAACAGAACAACUUCCUGUGGCCGGGUUUCGGGGAGAACUGUCGAGUCCUGGAGUGGAUGUUCCGGAGAAUCGAGGGAGAGGACUGCGCCAAGAUGUCUCCUUUGGGCUACAUUCCGGCAGACGGUGCCCUCAACCUCAAUGGUCUCGGUCACGUGAACAUGGACGAAAUCUUCAGUAUUGAAAAAGAAUUCUGGGAAGAGGAAAUCAAAGAGAUCCGAAAAUACUUUGACGAUCAGGUCAACACUGACCUUCCCUGUGACGUGGCUAAUCAGCUGUUGCAGUUGGAACAAAGAAUAAGUCAGUUGUAAUGAGAGAGUGAGACG